AUGCUUUCACUCUCCGUUCUCCUCGCUGUAAUCAGUGCCGUGUCUGCUCACUGUACCAACGUCAACGGUGAGGUUGUUAUCGACUACAAUUGGAGAUGGCUUCACGAUGCCUCCGGCACUAAUUGCUACGACGGUAACAAGUGGACCAGUGCUUGCAGUUCCGCGACGGAUUGCGCCUCCAAGUGCUCUCUCGAGGGCGCUGACUACGCUGCUACUUACGGUGUUACUACCUCUAGUAACGCUCUCAGCUUGAAGUUCGUCACGCAACACGCCUACGGCAAGAACAUUGGCUCUCGUCAUUAUCUUAUGAACUCGGCCUCGGCCUAUGAGAUGUUCACUUUGACAGGUAACGAGCUGGCCUUCGACAUGGACGCGGAUGGUGGCAUGGCUAAGUACCCUACUAAUAAGGCUGGUGCCAAGUACGGCACUGGAUACUGCGACGCCCAGUGCGCCCGUGAUCUCAAGUUCGUCGGCGGCAAGGCCAACAUCGAGGGCUGGGUUCCGUUAUCUAACGAUACUAACGCUGGCGUCGGUCCCUACGGUGCCUACUGCGCCGAGAUGGACGUCUGGGAGUCUAACUCUCACUCCUUCGCCGUGACACCCUACGCAUGCACGAAUAACGCAUAUCACGUCUGCGAGACGUCCGGCUGUGGCGGCACCUACUCCGCGGACCGCUUCGCUGGCGACUGCGAUGCUAACGGAUGUGACUUUAACCCCUACCGUAUGGGUGCUACCGGCUUCUAUAGUAAGGGUAAGACGGUCGAUACUUCUAAGAAGUUCACCGUUGUCACCCAGUUCUCUAAUAACAAGGCGUUUGGUGACCGCGACCGCUUCUCCGAGGUCGGAGGCUUCUCUAAGCUCAACUCGGCCCUUAGCGGUAAGUGGGUGCUCGUGAUGUCCCUCUGGGAUGAUUACUAUGCUAAUAUGCUCUGGCUCGACUCUCCCGGCGCCGCCCGCGGAGACUGCCCCACUACCUCCGGUGUCCCUGCUGAGGUUGAGAACAGUCUUGCCAGUGCCACUGUCACGUACUCCAACAUCCGCUUCGGACCCAUCGGCUCAACCAGUGCUUAG